AUGAUGAACUUCUUGAAAGCCAUUCUCCUCGCAGUAACAAUUAUCAGUCCUCUUGGCGUGCGAGCCACGCCCGACUCGGAGACUAACAUAUUAUGCAAUUGGGCUCCGUGCGGAUACUUGUGCGCGGGAGUCACCCAGUUCACCGAAGGUUGCACCAACUCGGACGGCACCCCUGGAAUCCAGCGCUGUUUGUGGGGGAAGCAAUGUGAUACAAGUGAGGGGUCUGGAGGUAUCGGCGAUGAAACGCUUUAUUGGAACACGUCCUGGGAGUCAACUUUUCCAAUAGUUGCAAACUCACUUGUGCACCGAUUUGAAUGGUUCAAAAGCCAAAGAAUAUCGCUUGGCUCACUCAUAGGAGUGGCAUCCGCAACUACUGUAUCGGAAUUGUCCAAUGCAGUGGAGUGCAGGAACUGUGAACUCGUCCCCCCAAUCCAAAAGUCCGCGGCGCGCGUGCACCUGAAGGUAUACCGUGGCGACAAGGUGACAUGGCGACCUGCUGUUUGGCGGCCUCUGUUACUGGAGCGUGCAAAAAUUUCCCAAGCAUGUAAACGUAAAGCAGAAUUCGAAGUGAUUACAAACCAGUUGUAA